AUGCCGGUCGACUGGGUAGUGCAGGCCUUGACAGUUGUGCUCACACUCCUGAUCGUCUUGAUCGUCAGGGAUGUGCAGGCCUGGCUCAACCCGAUAAUUGCAGACCCAGGUUCGAGCAGAGCUUCGGAGGGUGUGAAGCCUUCCCUCGAGGACGACACAGGUGCAGGGCAGUCGAAUGCACCGCAGAUGACUCCCUCGGCGCCUGACUCACCACCCUCCGCGACAGACAGCUCUACCAAGGACCCAGAAGUCCCUGCUGAGGACUCUGCACAGGACCCGGUGCAGACCCAAACUCCCACCCGGGCAGCUGCUGAAGACUCGGCUGCCACUGAUGAGAAGAACAAGAGCUCGGCUGACCGCCCAGACAGCCAACAGACGGGCUCUUCGGGUUUGGCCCCGGAACCAAAGAUGGCGAUGACCCCAGAAGCAAUGAUGCAGGAGUUGCAAGCUUGCCAUACCACGGUCAAGAACUUUGCAGCGAACAUGUCGCGCCUCCUGAAUGGGAUCACGAGUGUGGCACCCAACUUGGCUAAAGUCCAGACGGAGCUGGAAAACAGUCAGAAAGGGCUGAGCACACUCGAAGCUGUGGUCGAGAAGAUGACGGCAAAGCUGGAUGAUGGUCCACCACAUGACCUGAAGGAGAUGAGCAAACGGCUCGGCUCCUUGGAAAGCAUCGUUGGGGCUGUGACGGCCAAGAUGGGCACAAUGUCACAGAAUGUGGACAGCUUCGGCAAAUCCAGCGACUCCCAGCUGAAGGAUGUUCUCAAGGGUGUGUCUGCGGUGGCAAGCUCUAACAAACAGCAAGGCGUUGAUGUGAGUGCCUUGGUCACUGCAAAAAACUCCCUGCUGGAGUCAGGUCUGAAGGAAGUGUUGAGGAAGAUCACACAGACGGACUAUGACAGCUGCACGAGCAUCACGGGCCAUGUAAAAGAGGUCCACAACCAGGUUUACGACCUUGGACAAGAACUCCUGGCAGCGAUCAACUUCCUGCAGGGCGAGACGACCACCCAGAAGGACACCCUCUACCAGUUGGCCACCGCUCUUGCGGACGUUGCUGACCAGGUACGAGUCAUUCGCGACUAUUGCGAAAGACCGGUACCGAUGGCAGUCAGUGCCCGCCACGAUGGACCUCCUCUGCCGCCGCCGUCCUAUGAUGAGCCUCACAUCGGGCAGGGCCCGCGCCAGCUCCACCUGAACACUGCUCUGCCGGCCAGACAGACCGGGGGACUUCCUCAGGUCCGCGUGGACGUGGGGGAUGGUCGCAGCAUCACGAUUCCCCUGAGCGGCGGAGUGUAA